AUGGCGAUUGCAAGACCACUAAUCGAUAAGGGUCAUAAUGUGACAAUUGUGACAACCAUGGCUAUCAAGGAUAAAAAUCCCAAAUACAAUCAUAUCUUCUUGCCACCCGCUGAAGAAGACUAUGCCAAAUAUCAACAAAUUCUCAGUACUGCAGCUGGACAGUCUUCUAGCUUUGAUUCAUAUAAAGAUAUUUUCUGGGCAAAUGUAGAACGAGUUCGAAUACAGGAUAAAGCUAUCAGUAAUCCGCGUUUCAAGGAGCUUCUUGAAAAUCCUGGAAAUAAAUUUGAUGCUGUCAUCAUCGGAUGGGUAUUUAAUACUUAUCAGAUUGGAAUUGCUGCUCAUUUUAAAUGCCCGGUUAUAUUGAGUUUUAUCAAUCAUCCAACGUCGCUUGUGUUAUCAUUUUCUGGAAGUCCAUCUUCAUUAGCUACUGUUCCCAGUAUGUUCCCCUAUGAUCUCAUGUGUUUCAAAAACAGAUUGAAAAAUAUGUUUUUUGCACUAAUAUGGCUCGUUCUUGAAGAAUUUUCAGAAUACAAAAUGGCUCAAUAUUAUGAAUAUCCUUCGUAUGACGAAAUGAAGAAAAAUAUUUCCCUAGUGUUUUGUGCGUCUCAUUUUGUUGAUGGACGAAUUCGAGCACUGACUCCAGGUUUUAUAGAAAUUGGUGGAAUCCAAGUUAAGGAAAAACCUGAUCCUCCACCAAAGGACGUCGAAGAAUUCAUCGAAACUGCCGACGAUGGUUUCAUUUUCUUUAGUUUGGGCACAAACAUUAAGACCGCCGAUAUAUCACCAAAUGCAACUAUGGCAAUUUUUAGAGUUCUUUCCCAAUCAAAAUAUAAAGUUCUUUGGAAAUGGGAUGAUGUUGAUCCUCCAGGGAAAUCUCCAAACAUCAUGUUCCGAAAAUGGUUUCCUCAAGAUGAUCUUCUGGCUAAUUCAAAACUCAAACUUUUCAUCACCCAUGCAGGAAAAGGUAGUACUGUAGAAGCUACAUAUCAUGGUGUUCCUAUGAUAGCACUUCCUAUUUAUGGUGAUCAGUUUGGAAAUGCUAGAGAAAUAACCGAAAUGGGCUAUGGACUGACUGUAAAUCAUUGGAAUGCUACUGAAGAUAGUUUUCGAAAGGAUUUCUAUGAAGUUCUUGAAAAACCUAAAUAUUUAAAAGCUGUAACGAAAUUUUCACAAAGGUACAGAGAUCGACCAUUGUCGCCGAGAGAAAGUGUUGUUUUUUGGACGGAGUAUGUUAUACGGCAUCGUGGAGCUAAGCAUAUGCAGAGUCCAUUGUAG